AUGGCUACUUCUGGCAGAUGGGAGCUUAAUACAUGCGAUCUCGAUGUUACCAAACGGACUGUGGAGAAUGCGGAGAGUCGUGCGCGUCUUCAGAUAAAGCCGAGCGUGUCGAAGUUGUCGCGGGAAAAUAACCGGCAGUAUGCCCAAGCUCUGCAUCGUCAAGCGGACGAUUUGUAUCAACGUGGCGAAUACGAAUCGGCAUUAGUGCUGUAUCAUCGAGCAGCCACUGUGUGUCCACAUGACAGCAGCCACAGUGUGGCGGCCCGACGCACCGCGGCCACGAUAAACUCGUGGAAUAAUCCGGAGAAGAGCCUGGUCGGGCUAUCGGUCAGUACGAGACACGAUGCAAUCUCGAAGGUGACCUCGGUUUCUAAUAGGUCGACGCUCAAAGCACGCGAUGUUUCGAAAUAUCUCGACACGAGCAAGAAACUCUCCCGGAAAGCUUCCUGCGCGCCAGGAUCGUUGACCUCUCAACUGACUCGAUCCAGAAUGAUACUGAAGCACAUAAAUAAUCGUGCCAGCGCGAUGCUAAAGGCUUUGGAAGCAAAUUUCAACGCCGGCAAGAUAAAGACUUCCUUGAGAUUCGCCGAGGAUCUGCUAACGUUUUCGUCCGGUCUGGAAGAUCCUCGUCGAUACGCGAUCCCAGCGUACCGAUAUUUAUCCCUGAUCCACGUAGCCCUGGGAAGGCACGAUCGAGCUUGCAGCAACGUCGCCAAGCUGGUGCGUCUAUCGAAGGGCAGCAAGAACAUCGUUCUCCUGUCGGAAGCUCUCGUGACUCUCGGCAAGGUACAUCUCAGCUUCGGUCAUCUGGGGGCGGCCGCUCGUGCCUGGGAAAAUCUGUCGAUCCACAUCGAUCAUCCGGUGCCGCGAGCCUGGCUGCACCACGAGAUCGGACGCUGCCAUUUGGAGACAGGGAAGUACGCCGAGGCGUUGCGCAAGGCGUCGCAGUGCCGGGAAUGUGCGAUGGAGGCGAGCUCGAACAAGUGGACCUUCCAUGCCGGUCUACUACGGGCGCAGUGCCUGGCGACGUUGGGUCGUUUCGCCGGUGAUGACUCCAUUUCUCAACCUGUCGCCCCGAAGGCACUCGAGGAGCUGCGAAUCGCUACGAAGAUCUGCGAGGAAGUGGGUGACACCCCAACGCUGUCUUACAUCCGAGAUUUAAUCGAACAGCUGACUCGCGCUCUGCGCCAAGUCACGUUCGGCGAGGAUCAAUGCUUAAAGGGUGCUCCUCGAAGGUUAUCGCCACGGAGCAAUGAGACUGGACUCUCCGAGGGUAACAGAGCGAUAAAAACUUGGGGAAUUAGGAGGAUGUCGGACAGCGACGACGCUUUAAUACCAUCCUUUUAUUCCGAUUGCCUGGACGGCGAAAUCCUCGAUCGGCAUCAAAUAGAUGACGAGUCAGGUUCGUUGGGCAGUGCGAGAUCUUUCAGGAGCAAAAGAACUAAUCUGACGUACGUGAUCGAAUCGCAAACGGACGUCUCGAGUCAAGGCAAGCUCGACGGAAUAUACAACGAUGAACUGGGGGAACUUUUAUCACGCGAGUCACAUACAACCUUCAGAACGUGUUACAUAGAGUCCGGGCAUUUCAUCGACAAAGAGAAAACACCCUCUUUAAGACAAUCAAUCGAAACGUGUUCCAGUAAUGUCGGGACAAGUGGUGAACGAGUUGGAUGCAAGACAUUCAGGGUCACGAAAUCCUGCGAUGAUGGACGAUGUAACCUUUGA